GGGACGUGACCCGCGGACGCCACGGCCACCUGUUCCUGGCAGCCAAUGGGCCGGGCUCUGGGCGCGGCUACAAAAGCAGCGCGCGCGGCCGCAGGCAGGGAGCUGGCGCGAGCUUGGCGACUAGGACCUUGUGCACACAGAGCAGCAGCGGAGACCGGGGCGAUGCUACGGGUGCGGUGUCUGCGCGGCGGCAGCCGAGGUGCCGAGGCGGUGCACUACAUCGGCUCUCGGCUUGGAGGAUCCUUAACAGGAUGGGUGCAGCGAACUUUCCAGAGCACCCAGGCAGCUACAGCUUCCUCCCAAAAUUCCUGUGCAGCUGAAGACAAGGCCACCCACCCCCUGCCCAAGGACUGCCCUGUCUCCUCUUACAACGAAUGGGACCCUUUAGAGGAAGUGAUAGUGGGCAGAGCUGAAAAUGCCUGUGUUCCACCAUUCACAGUGGAGGUGAAGGCCAAUACAUAUGAAAAGUACUGGCCGUUUUACCAGAAAAAUGGAGGUCUUUAUUUUCCCAAAGAUCAUCUGAAAAAGGCUGUUGCCGAGGUCGAAGAGAUGUGCAAUAUUUUAUCAAUGGAAGGCGUGACCGUGAAGCGGCCUGACCCCAUUGACUGGUCACUGAAGUAUAAGACUCCUGAUUUUGAGUCUACAGGUUUAUACAGCGCGAUGCCUCGAGACAUCCUGAUGGUUGUGGGGAAUGAGAUUAUAGAGGCUCCCAUGGCAUGGCGCUCACGCUUCUUUGAGUACCGCGCAUACAGGUCGAUUAUCAAAGACUACUUCCACCGUGGUGCCAAGUGGACAACGGCCCCCAAGCCCACAAUGGCUGACGAACUGUAUGACCAGGACUAUCCCAUCCAUUCUGUGGAAGACAGACACAAAUUGGCCGCUCAGGGGAAGUUCGUGACAACCGAGUUUGAGCCUUGCUUUGAUGCUGCUGACUUCAUUCGAGCUGGAAGAGAUAUUUUUGCGCAGAGAAGCCAGGUUACAAACUACCUGGGCAUCGAGUGGAUGCGUAGGCAUCUUGCCCCAGACUACAGAGUGCAUAUCAUCUCGUUUAAAGACCCCAAUCCAAUGCAUAUUGAUGCCACCUUCAACAUCAUUGGACCUGGUCUUGUGCUCUCCAACCCUGACCGUCCAUGCCAUCAGAUUGAUCUUUUCAAGAAAGCAGGAUGGACCAUAGUUACCCCUCCAACACCUGUCAUCCCCGAUGAUCAUCCCCUCUGGAUGUCAUCCAAGUGGCUCUCCAUGAAUGUCUUAAUGCUAGAUGAGAAGCGCGUGAUGGUAGACGCCAAUGAGGUCCCAAUUCAGAAGAUGUUUGAGAAGCUGGGUAUCAGCACCAUUAAGGUUAACAUUCGAAAUGCCAAUUCCCUGGGAGGAGGCUUCCACUGCUGGACCUGCGACGUCCGCCGCCGAGGCACCCUUCAGUCCUACUUUGACUGAGCAGCCAUGGCGUGGCUUGGGGCAUAGCCUCAGAUAUACCUAAGAAGCAGCAAGGCCUUUCUCUCGCUUUAAUAAAUGCAUGAACUGUAGUGCUUUGAACAAUCACCUCCUUAACAGGGUUCCCAAACCUGGGUUACAUAAGGAAGAUAACUUUUGAUAGGUCUUACUUUCUUCUCCUAAAGUUAUUUACAAUUUGGCUUCAAAUAUAAAAGUUGAGUAAAUGUAUACCAGGGCAGAAAUUAGUCAUUUGAGUAACUUGGCCGCUAAUAUUUAACCAUCUACCUCUGUUUUUAAUCUUCUUUCCUAAAGGCAGCUUGAAAUGUCGGUCCUAACCUUAUCUUCUUUUCCUCUUUGGUGGACUUGUGAAUGUUCAUAUUACUUCAAAGACUUAGGAGAAAAACACAGACCCUAAGUAGAACCAGAUAUUUGUCUAUUUUUCAAAAAAAAAAUUGGAUGUUUUUUAAAAUUUUGUUUUUAAAUAACCUAGACUAUGCAAACACUGGAAAAAAAAUGAAGUAACUUUUCCAUGAAUGCUUUUAACAUUCUUGUGUCACCAUUUAGUACUAAACUCUAGUCCUGCCUCUUACCUCAUUUCAAGUGGGUUUUCCUUCCUUCCUUCCUUCCUUCCUUCCUUCCUUCCUUCCUUCCUUCCUUCCUUUCUUCCAAAAACUUAGAGAAGUGCUUGGUAUAAUAGAGUGAAACUUGUAGAUCCUUUUCCUAAAGGUUGAUGAUGUUCAGUAUCUAACAGGUAUAAUGGCAUCUUUGUUAAUCUAAGUCUUGUUUACAUAUAUGCAAAUUAUUUAAGGCAUAGAGUUUUAAAGCAUUUUUUAAAAACUAAUGCAGGUAAAAGAAAUACAUGUGACAUGAAAUAAUUUUAAUGUUGGAUAUUGUAUAUGUAUUUUUAUUCUAAUAAACUUUUGUGUUCCAGAUUGGAUUUUAUGAGA